AGGGGAAAGGGGGGCUGCUUGCUGCUCCUUUUCUCAGGGGUCUCCCUUCCCUUGGGGAGCGGUGGGGUGCAGCCUGCCUGCACCCCGGGUGGGUGGGCCACGGGUGUGCUCAGCGUCUGCCUGGCUUCACAGAGCCACCAGCAUGACUAAGCCGCUGCGACCGAGUGGGAUGCUUGUCGUUAAACCCCCCGUCAGGAGCCCAUCUUCCCCGUCUCAGUGGCCACAACAUGUUGUUUUACAAGAUAAACUCUUUGCUCGGUGGGAGGAUGCCGGGAAGCGGCAGGGCUGGUGCCAGUGGGUCCCUGGCUGAGAGUUGUUUUGCAACCUGACGACUUAAUUUCCGUGCCUGGGUGGCGAGGUGGAGGGGAGUGGGGCCGCAGGAGCCAGGCUGGCUGGGCUGGGAGGCACCACGGGCUGCAGCUUCAUCCCCCCACUCCGACCAGCCCUCCAGCAAGCUGCUCUGCCCGGGGCACGGCACCCAGGGGCGUUUCUCGAUGGGCAGGGGACAGGUGAGCGGCUGCCGAAGUUGGUGCUGCAAACUCUGUGGGUGACUCUGCACACGUGGGUCUCCCUCCCGGGGGGACAAGGCACGUCCUGGGAUGCGUCCCCCGGCACGCGUGCUGCAGUGAUGCUCUCCAAGUGCUGCAGUCACACUUGUGUCAGGAGAGGGGGUUUGCUUUACAAGUCCUGGCGUGGGCUUUGCCUCGCGUGGGGUGUGCCUGUGUGCCCCUCAGUGCCGGCAUGAGCGAGCCCAAGUAUGCAGGCAGGCAGGCAGCCCUGCCUGGUCCCCGCGCUCAUCCACCCGUCUUCCUGGCACCGAGACCCUGGCACCUCUCGGGCGUUUGCUGCUCACAGUUGUGUUUUCCAGCUGGUCCCAAAGUCCUGAGUCACUCUGCCGUUUCCAUGGAAACAGCCUUGCUGGCGGGAAUCGGUUUUGGGGGUAGAGGGUGCCGGUAGCUGGGCCAGCACCAGGCGGGCCCUGAGGAAGGGCUCAGGGGGAACAGGUGCUUCUCCAGCCCAUCGUCCUGGCGCCGGGGCUUGUGCCAGGGCUGGAGCGGGCACCCGCGUUGCACAGACCCUCGCACCUCCCUUUUCCUUUCCUCCCCGCCAUAGGGAAGCGCAGAGGGAUUUCCCUGGCAGUGGCGAGGGAGCCGAGGAUGAGCUCAGCCUGGCUGAGGGCACAACUUCUGGGGAGCUCUCGAGAGAGUGGGACAGCCUGGAAGGCAGCCAAAAGGAGCAGGGGGUUUUUUUUGAGUGCCCUGUGAGAGAGCCUGGGAAACAGCAAUGACAGUACCAGUUACUGCAAGGUCUCCUGCCUAAAGCUGCUGUCACACCCGAGUUGCCCAAACACCUCUGGGGAAUAGCAAGGGAACCUGCAAGGAAGGCUUGGGGCAGGAGGCAGGGCAGCCGUGUGCCUGGAGGUGCUGCGGGAGCCCCACGCAACUUGAGAGUGCCACAGUGCCGUGAGGCACUGCCCCACAUAACACCUGGCUGCUUUUGGAGGGGAGAAGACGUGCGAGUGGCACCGAUCCUUGCAGCAGCCCCGCCGAGUCCAGCCUGCCUGACAGAGCCUGCCUGCUGCGUGGCUCUAAAAGCAGGUCAUUCCCAUCAAACCUGGGAAGACCAUUCCUGAAAUGGGAGUCCACAGCUCAGCAUCUCCUCCCGGGCCUCUGCUGCGCUGCGGCUGGCCGGCCGUGCUCGCUGCUCCCAGUGCCAGUGACUCAUGGAUGCCAUUCAGCUUAAUUCAUCACCUCCGAUCUCCUCAGCACUCCUGGGCUGGCUUGCUGGCUUCUUGCCUGUUUGUCUUCCCCGGAGCGGUGCUGGGAGUCAGGGGAGGUGGUGGAGGAGGAGGAGGAGGAGGAAGGCAGGUGAUUAUGCACCCGUUGCUGUUUGCGGGUGUGCGGGGUGGGGGAGGCUGCGCUGCCUGCGCCCAUCCUCUGCCUUCCUCUGGGCUCGAGGCUGCGGGAAGCGAGGCAGGGGAGAGGAGAGGCUCAGCACCUUCCUCUUCCCACAGACAAUGCUCCCGUCCCUGUGUCAGGCACUGGCCAGCCCCCUGCAGCACUCGGAGAAGGUUGUUGGAUGCUGCACAUCCCUCGUGGACAGCCCGGUCCUGAUGCGACUGCAGACAGCCGGACAGAGAUGCGGGCAUGGCUGUGGAGUGAAGGCUGUGAGCAGAAGGGGGUUAGGGUUGGGGAAGGGGCAGUGGUGACCCCGACACAGCACAAAAAGAGCCCACGUGCCUUCUCACGGGCCCCUUGCAGUGCCAGCAGCGCCGGGGGGCUGGAAGGUAUGAGUGACUUACCCCCGCUCCAUCUCACAGCUCCUGCUGCCUGGAGGGACCUACCAGACUCAGCUCCCACCCUCGGGCUGCAUUCGCUCAUCGUCUUUGGUGGAGCUGAGCUGGAGACAGAGCAGAGGGAGAUUUCAGCUGGGAACACUUUAUAAUAUGGAAACAUUUGGGAGGCCAGCAUUUCGGCUGACUCCCAUGGUCACAGCAUUCCUGCCGUCUAGGGCUGAGUAGCCGAAAGAGUACAUGCUUCACACAGGACACACACACACACAGCCCCCCAAGGGCAUGGCCCUCGCUCCAGCUGCUGCUCUGGGCUGCUGGCCCCCGUCCCGGUGCCUGAAGAGAAGCCAGUCAAUUUAAGAAAGGGCAGGGAUGGGAGAGCAGGCAGCUAUCCUGCUGCACCUGUGUGUAGGAGAUGUCCUACUCCAGCGUGGUGGCUGCAGCCACUGCUCGGCCAGCCUGCUCGGAGCCGCACGGAGCUGCGCACAGCCCCUCCUCGGCAGGUAUGGCACACCAGCCUGGCCGUGUCCGACAGACGAGCAAGCGGGAGCAUAAGUGGCAGCGAUCCUCAGCCGUGCCGCCAGCUCCCGGGUGCCACGUGCUUGUGCUGUCCCAGGAGCCCCCUGAGAGCCCCCAGCUGCCUCUCGAGCCCAGGACUGGGCUGAGUGGUUCCCGCAGCCCCUCGGGGACAGGCAGUGAUGGGAGGAGGUGGGAGAGCUGGCCGGGGGCUGAGAGGAGGCUCUGGCUGGCUCUAAAGGCCACAGAUGAGACAUCAGGGAGGAAAGCUUUCUCCCCAAACCUGCCCCUCCCUGGCUGCAGCUCAGCAGGCAGGCACGGCACAUGCAAAGGGUGACGAGGGGCAGCCGAGGCUGAAGCUGGGAUGUAGUUUCCCACCUGCUCUGCCAAGGAGGUGAAUCGAUGCCCCGUUUCUUCCCCUCGGCAGCUCAGUGCAUUGCGAAGGGGAGCGGGCUGGGGUGGGUGGAGGACCCGAAAUGCUCGCAGGCAGGGAUCGGGACCAAGGAGGCACCUGGGCUCUGGUUGCUUUUUGCAGGGAAACCAGCAGUGGGCUUCUGCCACAUCCUGGGACAAUCUAAGUUGCAUUUGCUCCAGCAUCCAUCAGCAGCGCAGCAAGGAGUAGAAGUUGAGGCUGUGUGCAGGAUGUAGUGUGUCUGGCUAUCACUAGAGAGCAGGAAAGUGUUCCCACUGCAGCUUCCACCUAGGCAGCAUACGGGAGCCACCUGCGCCAGGAGAUACUAGCAGGGACCCUCCCGUCCUGCCCUGACUUAGCAGACAUGGAAAAAGACUUUAUCCAAGGGCUAGAAUAUCCCAUGUGAACACUGGCGCCAGGUCUCUCCCCUGCAAGACACCGAGACGACCUGUGAAGAAGCUCCAUGAAGGUGACCAGCCAUGCAAUGUUCCUGGAAGGCUGUCCUCCUACUAGCCUUGGCAUCCAUUGCGAUCCAGUACACAGCAAUCCGGACCUUCACUGCCAAGUCCUUCCACAGCUGCCCCAUCCCCAACCCUGUGAACUGCAGCCUGAGCCAGGACACUGAUGCGGUCGACAGGCUGUGCGACGAGAGCCCCACUUUCUCGUAUAACCUCUCCAGGAAGACGCAUGUCCUCAUCCUUGCCACCACCCGCAGCGGCUCCUCGUUUGUUGGGCAGCUGUUUAACCAGCACUUCGAUGUCUUCUAUUUAUUUGAGCCCCUCUACCACGUCCAGUACACCCUGAUCCCAAAGCUGACCCAGAGCAAGAGUACGACGGACAGGCGGGUCAUGCUGGGGGCCAGCCGAGACCUGCUGAGGAGCCUGUAUGACUGUGACCUCUACUUCUUGGAGAACUACAUCAAACCCCAGCCUGUCAACCAUACCACCGACCGCCUCUUCCGCAGGGGAGCCAGCAAGGCCCUGUGCUCACCGCCCGUCUGCGAGUCCCUGGGAGCCGUCGAUCUCCACCUGGAGGAGGGAGACUGUGUGAAGAAGUGCGGGACCUUAAACCUGACGCUGGCCACUGAGUCCUGCCGAGAACACGGACAUGUGGCCAUCAAAACCGUGCGAGUGCCCGAGGUCAGCGACCUCCGGGCGCUGGUGGAGGACCCGCGGCUGAACUUGAAGGUCAUCCAGCUGGUGAGGGACCCCCGGGGGAUCCUGGCGUCCCGGAGCGAGACCUUCCGGGAUACCUACCGGCUGUGGAGGAUCUGGGAUGGCACUGGCAGGAAGCCGUACAACCUGGAUGUCACCCAGCUCACCACGGUGUGCGAGGACUUCUGGAACUCCGUGUCCACCGGCCUCAACCGGCCGCCGUGGCUCAAGGGCAAGUACAUGCUGGUGCGGUACGAAGACCUGGCCAGGAACCCCAUGAAAAAGACUGAGGAGAUCUAUGAUUUCCUGGGCAUCCCCAUGGACAGCAACGUCGAGCGCUGGAUACAGAACAACACCCGAGGAGACAGGUCCUCCUCCAAACACAAGUACGGGACGGUGCGCAACUCGGCGGCGACGGCAGAGAAGUGGCGGUUCCGGCUGUCCUACGAGAUCGUGGCGUUCACCCAGCACGCCUGCCAGCAGGUGCUGGCGCAGCUCGGCUACAAAACCGCUGGCUCUGAGGAGGAGCUGAAGAACCUCUCCAUCAGCCUGGUAGAGGAGAGAGACUUCCUGCCCUUCUCCUAAGGCAGCCCCAGGGGGGCCCAGUUUUGAUACGGACUGUUUCUAACUGUUGCCUUAUUUUAUUUUCUUUCGGUUUCUUUCCCCCCCUCUUUAUCUCUCGUCUUUUUCUCUCCAAAAUUUGCACUAAACCUUGAGCGGGAAUCUCAACAGCUGAGUCCAGGGGAAGCAAUUGCUGUCCCUCACUACGUUUCGGACACAAGAGGAGUCGGGUCUCUCCAAGCAAGAGCUAGAACUGUGGAUGGGUAACAAUGUUUACAAAACACACAAAAUGUAUAAAGCAACCUUCAAGCUUUCCAAACAGAAGGGUACCUGGGGUACUGUACUUUUGCACUGUUUACUUUUACAAUGUAAGAGGUAAAUAUAAAUAUAAUUUAUGAAUGGUGUCAUCCCCUCCAGAAUAACUCCCUUUGCCCCCGAUGAGCAGGUUAGACUGGAAGCUGAACAUGGAACAACCUCCUUGUUUUUGAUCUCGGUGCGACAUGUCUGUCUGUUUAAGUCCUGUUAUUGGGCUGAGCAGUUGGUCAGCUGCUCGUACAUGGUUGUUUGGUAACACCUGUGAUAUUUCUUUGUGCCAAAAACCCAUAAAAGAAAAAAAAAAAAGGGAAAAAAAGGUGAUUGGGUGGUUUGGUGAAAGCCCAACACAUUUAAUGCUUUAUUUCUGUGUUUUCUGUAAAUAAAAGUGCAAUAAAACUGACCUGGGGGUGAAGUUCAA